AUGGGAGACAUGUCCAAUAGCGACUUCUAUGCCAAGAACCAAAGAAAUGAGGGCGCCAACCACGCGGCGGGCUUCGGCUGCUCGCUCAUGGAGCUGCGCUCGCUCAUGGAGCUUCGCGGCACCGAGGCGGUGGUCAAGCUUCAGGAAGACUAUGGGGGAGUUGAGGGACUGUGCAAACGACUGCAAACCUCACCCACGGAAGGCGGGUUAUCUGGUACUGAUAUAUCCAUGACACUGUAUCCCAUUGGGAUGGAGUCUUGGAAGAAGCGCUUGUAUUCAGACCACAAGGAUGGACUCACGGGUGCGCAAGGUGACUUGGACAAGAGGAAAGAAGAGUUUGGGAAAAACCUGAUACCUCCAAAGAAGCCAAAAACUUUCCUGCAGCUGGUAUGGGAGGCCCUGCAGGACGUCACCCUCAUCAUCCUGGAGGUUGCCGCUCUCAUCUCACUUGGCCUCUCCUUCUACCACCCACCUGGGGAGACCAGCGGAGAGUCUUGCGGCUCGAUGUCGGGCGGCGUGGAGGACGAGGGCGAGGCGGAGGCGGGCUGGAUCGAGGGCGCCGCCAUUCUCUUGUCGGUGGUUUGCGUGGUGCUGGUGACCGCCUUCAACGACUGGUCCAAGGAGAAGCAGUUUCGCGGGCUGCAAAGCCGCAUCGAGCAGGAGCAGAAGUUCCAGGUCGUCCGCGGAAGCCAAGUCAUCCAGCUGCCCGUAUCGGACAUACUGGUGGGCGACAUCGCACAAAUUAAAUAUGGUGAUUUGCUCCCUGCCGACGGAGUGUUGAUCCAAGGCAACGACCUGAAGAUUGACGAGUCGUCGCUGACCGGAGAGUCUGAUCAUGUGAAAAAGGCCGCAGAUAAAGACCCCAUGUUGUUGUCUGGGACCCAUGUGAUGGAAGGCUCGGGGCGCAUGCUGGUGACCGCGGUGGGCGUUAACUCUCAGACUGGAAUUAUCUUCACCCUGCUCGGCGCUGGCGUGGAGGAAGAGGAGAAGAAAGAAAAGAAAGACUGCUCGCAUCCCCCCAUCCACCCCAUUGCCACUAUUGCCACGGAUGGGGCGGCGGGCUUUAACGCCCCAGGCAGUGCCAACCUUAUUAAUGGUAAAAUGCAAGAUGGCAAUAUGGAGAGCAACCAGAUUAAAGUCAAGAAGCAGGAUGGCGCGGCGGCUAUGGAGAUGCAGCCUCUUAAAAGCGCAGAGGGGGGCGAGGAGGAGAAGGAGCGGAAAAAGGUGUCCAUUCCUAAGAAGGAGAAGUCAGUGCUGCAAGGGAAGCUCACCAAGCUGGCUGUACAGAUUGGCAAAGCAGGUUUGCUCAUGUCGGCCAUCACAGUCAUCAUCCUGGUGUUGUACUUCGCCAUCGACGCCUUUGUCAUCCAGAAGCGUCCUUGGCUGCCCGAAUGCACGCCCAUCUACAUCCAGUACUUCGUCAAGUUCUUCAUCAUCGGCGUGACCGUGCUGGUGGUCGCCGUGCCCGAAGGUUUGCCACUGGCCGUCACCAUCUCUCUGGCCUACUCCGUUAAGAAAAUGAUGAAGGACAACAACCUCGUGCGUCAUCUGGACGCGUGCGAGACGAUGGGCAACGCCACCGCCAUCUGCUCCGACAAGACGGGCACGCUCACCACCAACCGUAUGACGGCGGUGCAGUGUUACAUCGGCGACGUGCACUACAAGGAGAUCCCCGAGCCGGGGGUCCUGCCUCCCAAAUCGCUGGACCUGCUUGUCAAUUCCAUCUCCAUCAACAGCGCCUACACCACCAAAAUUCUCCCCCCGGAUAAGGAAGGCGGUCUGCCGAAACAGGUGGGCAAUAAGACGGAGUGUGGCCUGCUGGGAUUGGUGCUGGACCUGAAGCGAGAUUACCAGCCAAUCAGGAAUCAGAUCCCAGAGGAGAAACUCUACAAAGUGUAUACUUUCAACUCGGUGCGGAAGUCCAUGAGCACUGUCAUCAAAUUGGCCGACGGGAGUUUCCGCAUGUACAGCAAGGGAGCGUCUGAGAUCGUCCUAAAAAAAUGCAGCAACAUUCUGAACGAGGUGGGCGAGCCUCGCGUUUUCCGCCCACGGGACAAGGACGAGAUGGUGAAGAAGGUGAUCGAGCCCAUGGCCUGCAACGGCCUGAGGACCAUCUGCGUGGCAUAUCGCGAUUUCUCCAACGACCCCGAGCCUAACUGGGAAGACGAAAACAACAUCCUCAGCAACCUCACGGCCAUUUGCGUCGUCGGGAUCGAAGACCCCGUCAGGCCAGAGGUGCCGGAUGCCAUUCGGAAGUGCCAGCGCGCGGGCAUCACCGUUCGCAUGGUGACCGGCGACAACAUAAAUACGGCUAGGGCCAUUGCCAUCAAGUGCGGCAUUAUCCAUCCCGGGGAGGACUUCCUCUGCAUUGAUGGCAAGGAGUUCAACAGGAGGAUCCGCAACGAAAAAGGAGAGGUGGAGCAGGAACGCAUUGAUAAGGUUUGGCCGAAACUGCGCGUCCUGGCCAGAUCCUCCCCGACUGACAAACACACACUGGUUAAAGGUAUUAUUGACAGCACCAUGGUGGAACAGAGGCAGGUGGUGGCGGUGACGGGCGACGGGACCAAUGACGGGCCGGCCCUGAAGAAGGCUGAUGUCGGCUUUGCCAUGGGCAUCGCCGGCACCGACGUGGCCAAGGAGGCGUCCGACAUCAUCCUGACCGACGACAACUUCAGCAGCAUCGUCAAGGCGGUGAUGUGGGGCCGCAACGUCUACGACAGCAUCUCUAAGUUCCUCCAGUUCCAGCUCACUGUCAACGUGGUCGCCGUCAUCGUGGCAUUCACAGGCGCCUGCAUCACACAGGACUCCCCCCUGAAAGCAGUCCAGAUGCUUUGGGUCAACCUGAUCAUGGACACGUUCGCCUCGCUGGCCCUGGCCACCGAGCCCCCCACCGAGUCCCUGCUCAAGAGGAGGCCAUACGGACGCAACAAGCCUCUCAUCUCCAGCACCAUGACCAAGAACAUUCUGGGACACGGCGUCUAUCAGCUCGUCGUCAUCUUUCUCCUCCUUUUCGUCGGUGAGCAGAUCUUUGACAUUGACAGCGGGCGCAACGCCCCCCUCCACGCGCCUCCCUCGGAGCACUACACCAUCAUCUUCAACACCUUCGUCAUGAUGCAGCUCUUUAAUGAGAUCAACGCCCGUAAGAUACACGGCGAGCGCAACGUCUUUGAGGGCAUCUUCAGGAACCCCAUCUUCUGCUCCAUCGUUUUCGGCACCUUCGCCGUACAGAUAAUAAUUGUACAGUUUGGAGGGAAACCUUUCAGCUGCCAACCUCUGGACCUGGAGAAAUGGAUGUGGUGUGUUUUCCUCGGCCUGGGGGAACUCGUGUGGGGGCAGGUGAUCGCCACAAUACCCAACAGCAAGCUACGCUUCCUAAGGCGGGCCGGCCAGCUCAGCCAAAAGGACGAACACCAAGAGGAGGACGUAAACGAAGAUAACGAGGAGAUCGACCAUGCGGAGAGGGAGCUGAGGAGAGGCCAGAUCCUCUGGUUCCGGGGACUCAACCGGAUUCAGACUCAGAUCCGCGUCGUGAACGCAUUCCGCAGCUCCCUCUACGAAGGCCUGGAGAAGCCCGACUCCCGCACCUCCAUCCACAACUUCAUGACGCAGCCCGAGUUUAGGAUAGAGGACUCCACGCCCAACAUCCCGCUCAUCGACGACACGGACGACGACUCGGCUCGCCGAAGGGGGAAGUACUCUAGCCAGCCGACGUCGCCCAACAAGAACAACAACGCAAUCGACAGCGGCAUCAACCUCACCAUCGACACCAGUAAAUCGGCGGCAUCAUCCAGCCCCGCCAGCCCUUUGCACAGCUUGGAGACCAGUCUCUAACCUCAUGGUUUCAGAACCUUCAUCUCUCCUUAAGUAAUCGGUACGCACGAUCCCCCCCCCCCCUAAAAAAAAAAAAAAAAGAUUAAGUAGAAGCGAAACGGCCAUCUUGCAUUUGUGGUUGUCUCGCUCUUGCGAUGGAGCAAACUGACGACAAUGAGGCAGAAGACAAAUACUGGAACCAUCUCUCUCCUCGUAAUUAUAUUCAGAUUAAUAUUAUUGUUAUAUUAUUAUUGUCACUCCUGCAUGAACGUACAUUGCCCGAGUUUUAUUUCAAAGGGUUCUACCCCUACACUCCCGUUUGGAUUCUUUUGCGGUGGACGUGAGGGACAUCUUGCUCCUCUUCUUCUCCUCCUUCUGCGUGGCAUGAUCACAUGACAUUUGAUCAUGUGACCGGGUGCCAGGGCUCAACUUGCACAGCAGCUUUGCACCUCCACCCCACCACCCAUCCAAAAAAGAAAAGAGGAGCGCAAAAAUAAUACAACGGCGUUUUACGAGCAUUUACGGGAUUAUAUUCUAUAAAUAUGAACACAUAAAUAUAUUUACAGUA